AUGUCUGUCAAUCGAGAACCCAAUGGUGGUGGAGGACGCUUCCAAAGUGGAUUUUGGGAGCCUGGUUUCUCCUGUUCUCGACGAGACAGCAUGCAACUACGAGCUCUGCUACUCACGAUUCUGGCCGCUGUCGGUUCAUUUGCGCAAAGCCCGGUUGUCGACCUGGGCUAUGCACAGUACCGCGGUGCGGUGUCAUCGGCCAACUUUGCACACUUUCUGGGCAUUCGUUACGCCGCUGCACCGAUAGGUGACCUCCGCUUCCGGGGACCUCAGCCACCUGCAAAUAUUUCCGGUGUUCAAGAUGCCACAACCCAACCCAACCAAUGCUUCCAAAGCUCAAGCGGAUUGUCGCCAACCAAUCCGCUGGCCACGAGGGCUGUUGUUUCGGACGAGGAUUGCUUGUUUCUGAAUGUUUACUAUCCCAGCGAUACAGCUGGUUUACCUCCAAAAGAUCUACCUGUUCUCGUUUGGAUACAUGGCGGAGGCUACCUCGGCGGUCAAGCUAGUGCUUACAAUGGCGACGACAUUCUCAAACAGAGUAACCGCAACUUGGUUCUCGUCAUCAUUCAAUAUCGCUUGGGAGUAUUUGGUUUCCUACCAGGAUCUAAAGUAAAGCAGAAUGGCGCCUUGAAUGCUGGCCUUCUUGACCAAGAUGCAGCGCUCCGAUGGGUCAAUCGCCAUAUCACAAAAUUCGGAGGAGACCCAGCGAAGGUUACCAUAUGGGGAGAGUCCGCCGGCGCAGGCUCUGUACUGCAACAAGUGGUGGCCAACAACGGUCAGACCAAACCACAGCUCUUCCGAGGAGCUAUCACCAGUUCGACUUUCCUUCCCUCACAAUAUAAGUACAAUGACCGGAUUCCGGAGCUCAUUUUCAGUCAAGUCGUCUCGCAACUGAACUGCACUACUGCGUCUAAUACUAUGGCCUGUCUCCGUGCUGCCGAUGCAAACGCAUUGGAAACGGUAAAUGAUAAUCUCAACCAUGGUGCUUUCUGGGGAACGUUCCUCCUUGUGCCAGUUAUUGACGGGACAUUCAUCCGACAACGACCGACAUUAUCUCUAGCUCAAGGGAAAGUCAACGGUAAAGUGUUACUUUCCGUCACCAAUACCUUCGAAGGCGAUGUUUUCGUCGAUCAAAACUCGGCAGCAAUCGCCAACGCAACCCAAUAUGCUCUCAAUCUAUUCCCAGAAAUCCAGCCAGCCCAAGCCGACAAAGCUGGUCGGCUAUAUAGCGAGCUGGGGACGCCAAUUCUCCAAGAGAAUGCAAUUCAGGCAGAAUCUAUCUUCAUAUGUCCCACCUAUUACAUGCUCAACGCAUUCCGGGGCCGCUCUUACAAAGCCGAAUUCGCAGUCCCGCGAGGCCAGCACGGUGCCGACGUCGCCUACUAUUACCCCACACUUUCCACCCCUACCUUCCAGAACCAAGCGUUCAUCAACGCUUUCGCGCAAAUCUUCACAUCUUUCGCGAUCUCUUUGAACCCCAACGUGGACGUAGACCCUGCAAAUCCGACUAUUACUCCGCAGUGGAAAGUGUGGAUGCAGGGCUUGGGGGAGACCGAGAUGCUGUUCAACAAGACGGAAACGAAUGAGCCUGUGGUCCACACCAUCGAAACCGGGCAAGCCUUGCUGCAACGCUGCGCAUUUUGGGAUAGUGUUGGCGCAUUUACUGCACAGUAA